CCGUGGCACGAUGAGCGUAGCCCUUCUCUUCGUACUCUCGGAUUUGUUGAACCACAGUCGCCUUCAACAGGGGUUCUCGGGACAUUCUUCGUUCCAGGCAUUCCAAACGCCGAAGAGCCAUGGAAUAGCUUUCCGGAAAUUCAAAAUGGUCAAAUCUCCAAAGCAGCCCGGUUUCAAACCUAUCGGGCAAACGCACAGUGGUCUCGUGUAGUAUCUUCCUUGCUCGCACCGUUUCAGCUGACUCCAGUUGUACUGCUGGCUUGGUACCUGUAUCUUCUUGUUCGAAGUACUGCUUGACGACGUCGUGUAGGUCCAUCUCGAAGUUGCGCAUAGCCUAAGUACGGAGAGUUGCAUCACCUGUUUUCGUCGUUUCAUCGCUCGUCGAGGAGCCCCCUUGGAAGUUUACAGCGAUAAUGGCACCAACUUUCAAGGUGCCGAGAAACUUCUUCGAGAGCAAAUAAACAACGGGUUAGCAGAGUCUUUCACGAACUCCAAUACCAAGUGGUUCUUCAAUCCUCCCUCAGCCCCGCACAUGGGUGGAGCUUGGGAGAGGAUGGUGCGCUCUGUAAAAGCCGCUAUAGAAAACAUCGACACCGGGCGGAAACUAAACGACGAAGGACUUCUGACGCUACUGACAGAAGCGGAGGGUAUCGUCAACUCCAGACCGUUAACCUAUUUGCCACUGGACUCGGAAGAACAAGAAGCUUUGACGCCGAACCACUUCUUACUUGGAAGCACAACUGGUGUCAAACAACCACCUGCGGUUUCCACCGAUCAACGAGAUGCAGUUUCCAACAACUGGAAGCAGAUUCGUCAUCAGCUGGACAUUUUUUGGAACCGCUGGCUAAGAGAGUACUUGCCGACCAUCUGCCGGCGCACAAAGUGGUUCAGCGAUACCAAACCAAUCGAGGUGGGAGACUUAGUACUCGUAGCGGAAGGUACUAAACGAAACAGCUGGACACGCGGGCGAGUGACGGAAAUACAGCCAGGUCCCGACGGACGUGUACGACGGGCCACAGUACAAACAUGUUCGGGUUUCAUGAGAAGGCCAGUUUGUAAGUUGGCCCUGCUUGAUGUUCAAGAAUCUUGUAAAACAGCUCCGAACACGCAGUCUUACGGGGGCGGGAAUGUUCCUAAGCUAACUGGCAACGCUGAAGGUCUCAUACUUCGGCCCUGCGAGAACCACUCACACCAACCGACGUGACAAUGCGAUACCUGCAGUUUCUAUAGCAUCGCAAGAUCAAAACAAAACCGAUAACGAAACCUCAGAUGAAUGCGAGCCCUGAAAGCAUGGUGAAGUGAAUGUGCAUUAUAAUUACUAUUUAGAUAUCGAAAAACCGUGAAUUUCUACAUUAUAUACCCAUUAUCCCAUCCCUUAUCUAAGUGAAUUUCGAGCGAUAGUGAAGUGUAAGCCCGUUUAUUGUCUAAGUAAUUAUAAAAUUAAUUAUCUAAUGUUGACCCUCACUAGGUGAAUCAUCACAAUCGAUUCAUGCGAAAGGAAAUUAUAAAAGAGUAAUUUACCUAAAUUAGUUGUCUAUAACGAGUGAGUUUGGUCAGAUUAUUCCGUAAAUAUGUAUAAGAUUGCUAAAUUGAUUUGUAAUUCCAGUAACUACUACUUUCCAAGACGGAAUUGAGCCUACACUGAACCUAACCUAAAUUCUAUAAGCCUACACCAAAUUCUUGAGCUGAUCUGGAACUAAGCGUUUCAACUGCUAAAAGAAGUGUGGCUACCUGUAGUUUUUAACAAAAACAUAUAGUUGUUUUUGAUCCCCGAAAAGACUGAAACGCCACAAAAAUACCCAACAAGUAACGUUGUUCAAUUAAUAAAAAGCAGUCAGUUUUUGUCCAAAAUGUCACGUCGAACGCAUUGACAUCAACAAUGCGUUUAAGUGUUCGCACGUUAGCUUCGAAUCUAUCAGCACAAUUAAGUGCUGUAAAUCUU